AAGCAGGGGCGGACUGACCAUUUGGAAACUCGGGCACUGCCCGAGGGCCCGUGGUCAGUAGGGGGCCCCAUGAGAUGCCCCUGGUACCUUUUUCAUAGGCUUUUUUGAGUUUGGGCAAGGACACAGGGGCCCCAUGAUCCCCUAAUGCCCGGGUGCCCCAUGAGUUGUCAGUCCGCCCCUGGUAUUAAGUGUGUACCUUUAUGCCCUGCUAUUGCUUUGGUUGCUUUAGCAGGAACCAGACGA